AUGCCUCGGAAAAUUGAGAAAAUCAAGGACUUCCUGCUCACGGCCCAGUGGAAGGAUGCCAAAUCUGUCAAGAUCAAGAAGAACAAGGAUAAUGUGAAGUUCAAGGUUCGCUGCAGCAGGUACCUUUACACCCUGGUCAUCACAGACAAGGAGAAAGCCGAGAAGCAGAAACAGUUCCUGCCCCCUGGCUUGGCAGUAAAGGAGCUGAAAUGA